AUGGUUGUCUGUACGAGGCGCCUGAAUCUAGAUGAGCAGCAAAUAAAGACAGCACCGACGCGGAUGGGCCAGCACAGCGGCACGGAGUGCGUGCGCACGCGCCCAGCGGCUGGCCAGCGAAAGCGGCCGGACAAUGGGCCCGAGGCUGGGUCAGCGCAUAACCCUGUCAGGAUUGUAGCGGCGGAAUGA